CAUCAUGCUGCCGGGUUGGACGCGAUUGGCGUUGGGCAGGAUCCAGAUUGCUUCUCACGUCAUCAGGGCUCCAACCAACGGCGCGGCAUUCAGGGCAACAACCACCACCACCGCCGCCGCCCAAUGCGCACCGACCACAAGACACUACACGCAUUAUUCUAGGAGAGUGGGCGGGUCGGCUGUCCAGUUUGCGCUGCGAGGCGCGCUGCUGGGCGUCGGGAUUGUUGGUUUUGGCGCGUUCGUCGUCCAACAACACUCACAGCCGCGGCUGGUGCUUGCUCGCACCGGACUGACCACCGUAUCGCCUGCUUACAAAGUCGAGCUUCCAGCAGCGUCGGUCAUUCGGCAAAUCUACACGGGCUCGGAUGGCAUCGACACUGCUGAUUUUGCUGAUGCGUAUGCCGUUGAUGUGACUGGAGACCAAGGUCAAUUUGUGCUGGAUGCAGUUUGCGACAGCCUGUUUCAAAACGCUCCUUGGUUUGCUCGCGCGCUCAUGUCGUUGCGCAAUUUGCUCGUACGGCCGUUGGGCCUCAUCACUGCUGCAUCCAAGCCCGACGAUCAAGCCAAGUCCAAAGCAGACGAGAUAUGCGAAACAACCGGUCGAGCUCUUUCCAAGGUUGCUGGUGUGCUCGUGUACAACAAGAUAUCCGAGAAUGAACUGCUGACAGGUUUGGAUGACACGCACAUGGAUUUCCGGUCUACAAUUCUUCUCGAGCGAGAUUCACAAGGCCGUUGCACACGUGUGAUUGUGAGCACCAAGACAAAGUGCAAAAACACGCUCGGCCAGCUCUAUAUGAUUGUGAUUCGUCCCUUCCAUCAGUGGAUUGUCCCUGCUUGUCUCGAGAGUGCAACGCAAGUCUUGGCCGCACAGUAAAGCAUCUUACAGAGUUUUCCUUUGAGCUAAGCAUGACAAAAUAAAAAUGCCGCGCUUCGGCCAACUUGCAUCGUGAACCAGCACACCAAUUCGGCCAUGAUU